UGCAGGAGAGGCCUCACCUGGAGCACUGUGUCCAGAUACGGAGUCCUCAGUGCAGGAGAGACACGGACCUGCUGGAGCACAACCAGAGGAUGGCCACAAAAAUGAACCAAGGAAUGGAACACCUCUCCUAUAAGAACUGAGCACAUACAGAUGGCAAUUCUGGAGUCAUCCUCCCAGUAAUCUUCAAAUUAGGAACAUAAAAAGAGUUUUUUUCUGCUUCUUUCCAUUUAACAGCCAAUGAAGGUGUCUAAUUUCUUGAGUUAAUCUGAUUGGAUUUGGAACUAAUUAUUGGUUUUGGCCUCUAUGCUUCCUUUUGCCUAAGAAUUCUGGAGAUUAAUUCAUGCCCUGCAUGUUUAUUCGUUUCAAACCUCAAUCACUGUACUCUGUGUCUCUUUCCUUGUUUUCUCAGUGCCACGUAUCCCCUCAGCCACCCCUUCUCAGCUGAAGAACCAAAGACUUUCGUCUGCUCUUUCUCUAUGCCGACGUGUAUUUCAUCACCUUUAGUUUUUCCCAGCUUUUUCCAGCCUUGCUUUAUCCCUUUCAAGACACCAGGAUUAGAAGGGCAUGAGCUCCAACAGCAGAUUCAGGCGACCUUCCCUCCCAUCCCCCUGCCUUCCUGCAGUGCCCUCCGCGUCCCGCGGUGCUGCUGAGCGCUGCCGGGUGGCUGUAGCACCGCGCACACGGCAACAGUCAGGAAAAUGAAUCUAAAUAAUAGAAUGCGGCUUCACUGGUGACAGCAGCUCAGAUUCAAGGACUCCAGCAGGCGUUCCCUGAGAAAACAUUCAGCGUUUAAAUCAUUUUGCAGCUUCCAGUCAUUGAUCUGCUCUUCUUCAGUCUGAUAUACGCUGUCUCCAGCAUGCGUUCUUACACUGAAAUUCCUUCUGAUCAAAGCGUGUAUUUUCCAUUCAACGUGCAUUUCCUAACGGGGGAAAAGGGACGGAAAGAACAGCCGCUCCGUGACGGAGAACUGUCGGUCGGUAGAAGUGCCGGUCGGUCCUUCGCCGUGCGGUCUCACAGUUCCCUGCUGUCUGCUCACACGCACGGUGCGGAGCUGUACGCAGCCGGCGCAGUGUGCGCUGUGAGCGCAGUGUGCGUAGCGGACGCUGUGUGCGCAGUGUGCCCUGGGAGCGCAGUGUGCGUAGUGGGCGCAGUGUGCGUAGCGGGCGCAGUGUGCGUAGCGGGCGCAGUGUGCGCUCUGGCCCAGCCCGGCGGCACAGCUCCGGAGGCAGUGAGCACCGAGAGCCGCCCGCUGUGCUCGCAGGUAUCCUACGGAGCUCCGCGCGUGGCUCCCGGUGCCCCAGCCCGGCGUGCUGACCCGGCUCAGCGCCUCACACUGCUGCCACAGGCCGGGCGCUCCAUGCAGCGCCCAGCGCGGCCGCUACCGCUCAUCUGCGUGCGCACGGCGAGUCCACAGCGCCCACAGCCGCCACAGCCCCCACAGCCCUCAGCCCCCACAGCCCUCAGCCCCCGCCGGUCCCUGCUGCCCCCACUCGCCCGCGGCAACUCCAGGCCUCAGCGCUGGACAUUGGGAUGGUGAUGGGACAAGGGGAAAAAGAUGCCAAUGGGUAAGUGCAUAUCCACUACCAACGCACAGAAGCCAUGAAUUCCAGAAAAUUACUCUCAGAAACACAGAGAACAUUUCCAGCUACUAAAGCGUGCAGCCAGCAGCCAUCACGGAUUCUCAUUGUGGACGUCACGUCACCUUCCUGGGCCAACACUUGUUCUGUGCUCUCCGAAGCUCUGGAAAACUCUCUGUGUUUGGCAUGCAGUCUGACGGGUCCCUGCCGCAUUCCCUUGCUGAGCCUCUACCUGGUGCAGACCCAGCAGGAGUGUUUGCUUCCCUUUGUGCACUUGAAGGAGAACUUCGCACGAGUUCAAGCCUGUAUUUCAGAGCUCCGCUCACUGUCAAGAGAAGGCUGCUUCCCACAGGGGGGAAAUGGAGUGGUACAGGCUGUGGAGGAUGGAUUGCAGCAGUUCAAACAAUACAGCAGACACACAGCAGCAGGAGGCUCAGCAAAUAGCUCUGUUGAGAUCACAAUUUUGACAAGCCAGUCAGGCAAAGAAAUUGUUAAGCAGCUGGAAAGGAAGUUAAAAGAUGUAGACCUUGUGAGUCUCAGAAGAAUACAAGUCACUGAGGUUUUGAAGAGAGACUUUUUGGAGCCUGAGGACGUGGAACAGUGCACACCAGCAGAAGAGCCUAGCAGCAGUGAUAUUGCAAUCCUUGGAAUGGACAUUGAUCUGCAAACCAUAGAGGAUAAUGUCAUCAGCUUGGAGAUGCUGUUUAAAACGUGGCUCCAUGAUUGUGGCUCAGAGAGGGAACAUCUGCAUCUCCUUCUUCCAUCUGGAGGCCUCAGUUGUGGCACUGCACCCAAGCCAACCCUAAUGUGUCUGAAGUGUGAUUUGCAAGAAAGAUUGCUUGACCCAGCUCUGCUUUCUGGGACAACUGAUGGCACCCUGAGAACAGCUGAUUUAAAUCCACCCUGCCAUAUGACAGCCUGGCCAGCUACAAUGCUGUAUAAACUCCAGGUUGUAAAAGCUCUAAAGUCUGAAGGAGUCUGUGAAUCUGUACUAUAUGGACUGCCUUUCAUCAUCAAGCCCACAAGCUGCUGGCAGCUGGACUGGGACGAACUGGAGCUAAACCAGCACAGCUUCCAUGCUCUAUGUCAUAGUCUUUUGAAAAGGAAGUGGAUGCUUUUGGCCAAACAUGAGCCACAGAACACUUGUCCAAGCUGGAACACGGUGGUGCAUUCCUACUACAUCAUUGUCCCUUCUGACUCUGCCACUCUGCUUGUCAAACCAGUGGCUGUCCGAGAGCUCUUGAUGCCAUCAACCUUCCCAGCCCUCCUUGCUGAGCAUCCUGAGAGAGUACAGGGUCCUAUAGAGAGUGCCCUGAACAGCUUAGAAGUGGAAGUUACUUAUAAUCCCUUACACCUGAAAAGCAACCUCUAUAAAUAUCUGAAAAGUAUGUUGUACAGACCGCUGCACAGGCAGCAGCCCCAGCCCAGGGACCAGCGACCGGAGAGGCAUCAGCCAAAGCAGCAUCAGAGCAGAGCCAAAGCCACAGUGGCACCCCUUCUGAUGGCUCCUUCUCCUGCCCAAUUGUUCAGACCAGCAGGAGCAAGGAGAGAUUCCUGCGCACAGUCCUUCCUUCCCAAAGAGGAUGACAAGAUCCUGCACUGAAGAUACCCCAUGGCACUGCUAACACCUGCUCUCGUGCAGUUAAUGGUUUGGCUUCUGAGCCAGAAGCAGACAGGCAAGACACUGAGCCUGUCUGAGGUCAGAUGGGUGCUUCCCGUUGUCUGUUGCUCCUUGUUUUAUGGUUUUGUUUGUCACUAAAAUCAGUUGGCAGGAGGCUUGCUUCACUAGGGUUUCUUGGCCUCUUGCUGUUCAGCUGUUCCCUAUACACCUGAUAUUUCAGCACACAUCACCAACAUGCCUCAAAUUACGUUCUUUAGAACAGACUAGUGCAGCCCACAAACCACAGAUUACCGUCAGUGAAUGCAGAAAAACUGCAAGGUAGCGUGGUGGGGAAGUUGGGCUAUACAGCAACGUCAAGCCACCCUCAUCCUGCAGAACGUUCAAAAGACUGUUCUGAAUAUGCAUAAAACAGGGUUUUUGGAGAAUGGUAUACCCCAGAGCAGCAUUAUCUGUUACAAUACUAAUUUGUCGACUUCCACAGUGGUCUCUCUGUCCAACUCCCGAGCUCAUGGAUGGGUUUGCAGCAAGUGCCAAGCUAGCAGCCGUGACCUGGCUGACUCCUGCACAAUGCAGUAAUCCAAUGCAGUAACCCACUGCAGCUCAAUCUCAGAACAAUACCUUUCUCCCUGCCAGUUAUUGCUUGAAAAAACACAAUCUUAUGGCCCAUCUGCACAAAAGAGACUGUUCUGCAAGCUGGCAUGGCCAUACACUUUGGCAAGGCUUAGCAGAUACAGAGAGUUGGUCUGCAGCUUUCCAGAGAGCUGAGUGAGCCCCAGUUUUUCAGUGCAUACGCAGGACAGCUGCCCCUGCCAGAGCAGGAGCUGAGGACAGUGCAACUUAACCAACGUGGGGCAGCAUCACUGGGCUUUCUGGAUACUGCACACAAACAGGGAUUUGUGUUCCACGUAGUUUGUUCUAACAUUCUGUUUCAAAAUAAAGUCCUCUUGCUAAAUGU